CGGCAGUUCCGGGCUCUACACACGCGGGGCGCGGCGGCGGCGGGGACCGGGGAUCAGGGAUCGGGGACCGGGGCCAAGCGCAGAGAUGCAGCCGCCGCCACGCAAGGUGAAGCUCACCCAGGAGGUGCGGGUCCACGUCCUCGAGCAGCUCUCGGGCCUGCAGGGCAAGCAGCAGCGGGAUGCCGAGCUGCUGGAGGACAUCAGGUCCUACAGCAAGCAGAGGGCCACCAUCGACAGGGAGUAUGGGCAGGCACUGCAGAGGCUGGCGAGCCAGUUUGUGAAGAGAGACUGGCAGCGGGGCCGUGGUGAGGCCAGCGACUUGAGGAGCGUGGUCGCUGUCUGGAAGGGUGUCAUUGAGGGGACCGCACAUGCUGGGCAGGUCCGUGUCACUGCCUCGGAGAGCUACCGCGCCCUCGCCACAGAGGCUGCCCGCACUGCCCGCCUCUCCAAAGAGAGGAUGCUCAAGAAGGGUAUCGAGCGGCUGCAGAAGGCGCAGGCAGAGCUGCUGGAGACAGUGAAGGAGCUGGACAAGGCAAAGAAGCAGUUCACCCAUCUCCAGCGCAGCAGUGAGGUGGCCAAGGACAAGGCAGCCGAUGUGGAGGCUCGGCUCCGGAAGAGUGACCGGAGGAUAUUUCACACCAAGGCCAGCCUGCAAAAACUCAGUGCCAAGUUCACAGCACGGCUGGCCGAGCACUCAAGGCAGCUUGCAGGAGUGCAGAAUGAGUACAGCUUCGCCCUGGUGUCUGCCACUGCCCACCUGGAGCAUUACCAGCGGGUAGAGCUGCCCGCUGCCAUGCAGGCGCUGGACGGUGACCUCUACGAGCGGCUGCGGGAGCACUUGUCAGCUGCCAGCCGGACAGAAGCAGAGACAUGCCAGGCCACGCGGGACUGGUUCCAGGGUGUUGCGGAAGCAUCCGCACGGGUGUGCCGGGAGCAGGACCUCCUUCUCUUCCUACAAGACCACCCUGCCUUCACCCUGGCCCCCACGCAGCGCUUCCAGCUCACCGGGGUGGAAGAGGUGUGCCUGCUACCGCCGGGGGACGAUGGGGCCAGCCUGGAGAAGGAGGCACGGCGCUGGGCCACACGGGUGGCCCGAGACCACAAAAACAAGGCAUACAGUGAGGAGGUGCUGCAGCGGCUGGAGGCCAGGCGGCAGCAGGUCCCAGAGGCAGAAGCAGCCACUGUGGAGCGGCAGAUGGAAGAAGCAAGGGAAAACAUCCGGAAGUCAGAGGUCAGUCAAGUGAAGGCAGAGGCAAGGCUGGCGCUGCUGCGGGCAGCAGGGCUGGAUGUGGAUGCUUGGAUGGCGGGGGCCAUGGUGGGUGCAGGUGAGGAGGCACCCGCAGGGCUGGAUCCAGCCGAGUUCGAUGACUAUGAGGACAGUGACGAGCCGGACGAGGACAAUGAGCCUAGCCCUGCUGCCCGCACCUACCCUUAUACCUGCCGGGUGAUCUUUGGGUACCAGGCCUGCCAGCCGGAUGAACUGUCCAUCACCCAGGGCGAGGAGCUGGAGGUCAUCGAGGAUGGGGACGCAGAGGAGUGGGUGAAGGCUCGGAACAAGGCAGGUCAGGUUGGCUACAUCCCAGAAAAGUACCUGCUGUCCUUGGGUGGUGAGCCAGGGGCUGGGGUCGGUCCCCCGGGACCCUCUGCAUUGCACCGCCAGCUCUCCAGCAUCAUGGCUGCAGAACUAGUGCUGGAGCCCGGAGCCUGGCUGGUGCGAGCUCUAUAUGACUACGAGGGUCAGAGUCCCGAGGAGCUGAGCUUCCCCGAGGGGGCCAUCAUCCGGGUGCUGCCCCGCGCCUCUGGUGAGGUGGAUGAUGGCUUCUGGACAGGCGACUUCGAUGGCCGUAUCGGCGUCUUCCCCUCCCUGGUAGUGGAGGAGCUCACUGGGGCCCGGGGGGCAGCCGGGCAGGAGCUGCCAUCGCCGUCCCCACCCCCCUUCUCUCCUCCUGGCCUUGCUCCUGGGGCCAGCCUGGCUCCCAGCCCCACUCCUGAAAUGCCACUAGGAGGUUGCAGGCAGGAUGGUGCAGGCAGUGGGCAGAGCUCUCCAGACCUGGCAACCACCCGUCUCCGGCCGCUCCGUGCACCUCCCCCACCACCCGGUAGAGCCCCCGAGCCUGACCCUGAGCUGCACUUCAGCUGAUCCUGAGGGUCCCCCGUCCCUCCCCACUCUCCCAAAGUGCUUCACCUAAGCGAGCCACCACAGGCUGCUGUCCUGGCAGCAGGGGCCAGUGCUGCCCCGUGCUCUGAGCUGGUCUCUCCGGGGGCUGCAUCCUGCCCAGUGCUGCUUGCAGAGCGGCCCUGCAUCCCAGCACAGCAUGGGACAUCCUGGCAGCCCCUUUAUUGGGAUGCUCAGCGCCACUGCCGGUCCCCAUGUCACUCAGCUCUUGUCUCUGCCGCUUCUGCCUGGCAUCGCCUGUGCACCCCCAGUGCAGCCCUGCUUCUCCGGGGGGGCUCAGCCCUGGGGCCCUGCCUGCCCCACCUGGCAUCAUCUCCCUGCAGGCAGGA